AUGAGCGGAGACAGCACUCUCAGACUCCUAGGCUCUGCUGCAACCCCCUUCUGGUAUUUCCUGAUGGCAGGAAAGAGUGGCCACAUGGGAUCACGCCUGGCCAGCUGGACCAAGGGAAAAUACCCGCUCAUCUCAUCUGGGGGAGCAGCCAGCUGUGCCAGUGGCGUGGUUAGACGUCUCAGCCACAGCAUGACCCUGAGCUUGAACUUUGCCCUCUUUCUGCUCCUAAGCCUUCAGACCGGCGUGGCCACGGGCGGGAGGGCCCAGCGCAGACAGAGGCAGGCUGAGGAGAAACUGAGACCGUACCUGGGCAGAGUGGACCCUGAAAAGCUUUGUGAGCUCCUGAAGUGCCAUAGCCCAGCAGGUUCUUGGUGCCAAGUGGUUCAAGAAAAUGGUGUUCUCAUCCCAAAGUGUGUUUGUCCGGAGUCCUGCCCACGGCAGAGGGCGCCAGUGUGCAGUGUUUUGGGGAAGACCCACAUGAACGAGUGUCUGCUGCAUAAACAAGCCUGUCAAAAGAGACGCCGCACUGGAUUGGCCCACAGAGGACCCUGUCUGGUUCCCAAGGCUAACUGCACUGAGGAGGAGCUGGGGCAGUUCCCAUACCGCCUCCUGGACUGGUUUCUGCUCCUGAGUCGCAUGGGGGAGUCCUAUCCACCUGGCGCUCCGACCCAGAGCUGCCUCAGCCGUGCCCAGAGAACACAGCUCGCGCAGCGGAGGUUUGCCCUGCUGGACAGGAACGUGGAUGGCAAGUUGAGCCGCAGGGAUCUGAGGAAGCUCCGGUACAGACGGAUGCCUCUGGAGCACUGCGCUGCAGCGUUCUUCCAGUCAUGUGACCGUAACAGGAACAGGAGGGUGACCCUGCAGGAGUGGACGUCCUGUCUUGUGGAUCGCUCCGAGGCCUGGUUCUACCGAUUUAUGUCGAUGCCGAUGGGCUCCAGCAAACUGUGUCCUUUGACCCCAGAGGGCCGUCUUUGAAACGAGGACAGCGCCCCCAUCUUCCUCCACCGCCCCACUGUGUGGACCUACGUAUACGCAGACGCUGUGAUAAGACAAGCGCCGAGACCACCACCAUCAGCACCACCACCACCAUCAGCACCACCACCACCAUCAGCAGCAGGAGCAGCAGGAGAAGCGAGGUCCUCCGGCUGAUUUCUGCUCCUCUGCCCGUCCGUCCUGUGUAACGUUACAGCCGAGAGGGGAUCAGUUGUGUGACGUCGUCCUCUUAGGAGGUGUGUGUUGAGUUCC